GUUCCGUUGCUUAGUAACAGCUCAAAUGCGUUCCAUCCGUCCACUCUACAGAAGCUAACUCGAUGUUCUAUUUUUUAGGUUUGGUGAACACAAGCUGUUGGAAGUAAUGGUCUAUCUUUAAAACUACUUAUUGGAAGCCAUGGCAGCUAUAAAAGACGGAGAGUAUACGGCUACCAUAUACAAACUGAUUAGAGACGGACAGUAUGUGGAAGCAAUCCAUAUCCUCAACGGCCAACUUCAAAAACACACUAAGUCCAGGGCAGCACUCUCUCUGCUGGGUUACUGCUACUAUCACAUCCAGGAUUUCACCAACUCUGCAGAGUGCUACGAGCAGCUCACCCAGCUGCACCCAGAGGUGGAGGCGUACAAGGUGUACUACGCCCAGUCUCUUUACAAAGCUGGUGCUUACCCUGAGGCUACAAAGGCUUCCUUCGUGCUAGAUAACCCCAGCAGUCACAUCAAGAUGGUCAAGCUACAAGCCUGCAUCAAAUAUUGUGAGGAAGAUUACUCUGCUGCCAAGUCACUGCUGGAGCAGCUUCCCCAGGAAGACCCGGACUACGCCUACAACAUGGGCUCUCUGCUUUACCAGGACGGGAAGUACGAGGAGGCCUGCAAGAAGUUCACGUCUGCCCUUCAAGUGCUGGGAUACGUGCCAGCUUUGUCAUACAACAUCUCCCUGUGCUACUACAGCCUGAAGAACUACGCUCAGGCCCUCAAAUUCAUCGGAGAGAUCAUCGAGAGAGGCAUCAGAGAGCAUCCAGAGCUGAGCGUGGGGAUGACAACUGAGGGCAUCGACGUGCACAGUGUGGGUAACACGCUGGUGCUGCAUCACACCGUCCUAAUCGAAGCCUUCAACCUCAAAGCGGCCAUCGAAUACCAGCUGAAGAACUUGAAAGGAGCUCAGGAGGCUUUGACAGACAUGCCCCCCCGAUCAGAGGAGGAGCUGGACCCCGUGACGCUCCACAACCAAGCUCUGGUGAACAUGGACACGGAGCCAUCGGAGGGCUUUGAGAAGCUGGCCUUCCUGCUGCAGCAACCCUCCUUCCCCCCCGUCACCUUUGGGAACCUGCUGCUGCUCUACUGCAAACAUGAGUACUUUGACCUGGCUGCUGACGUCCUGGCAGAGAACGCCCAUCUCACAUACAAGCUCCUCUCACCGUACAUGUAUGAGUUUCUUGAUGCCCUGUUGACGUGCCAGACAGCACCAGAGGAGGCUUUUAGGAAGUUUGAUGAAAUGAACGGCAAACUGACGGAGCAGUUGCGGAAAAUGGCCAAGCAGGUGCAGGAGGCCAGGCUGGCUCGGGAUGAUGAAGCUCAGAAGAAAGCUCUGCAUGACUACGACCUGAUGCAGGAGAAGUACAUCGUGGUGCUGAUGGCCCAGACCAAGAUCUACUGGAACCGGGAGAACUACCAGAUGGUUGAGAAGAUUUUCCGAAAGUCCGUAGAGGUGUGCAACGAGGACGACACCUGGAAGCUGAACGUAGCCCACGUGCUCUUCAUGCAGAACAAGUACAAGGAUGCCAUCGGCUUCUACGAGCCCAUCGUCAAGAAGCACUACGAUAAUAUCCUGAAUGUGAGCGCUGUGGUCCUGGCUAACCUGUGUGUGUCCUACAUCCUGACCAGCCAGAAUGAGGAGGCUGAAGAGCUGAUGAGGAAGAUCGAAAAGGAGGAAGAGCAGAUAUCCUACGACGACCCCGACAUGAAGGUGUUCCACCUCUGCAUCGUCAACCUGGUCAUCGGGACACUGUACUGUGCUAAGGGAAACUACGAUUUCGGCAUAUCUCGUGUCAUCAAGAGUCUGGAGCCUUACAAUAAGAAGCUGGGAACGGACACAUGGUUCUACGCCAAGCGCUGUUUCCUCUCCCUGCUGGAGAACAUGUCCAAACACAUGGUCAUGCUGAGGGACACCGUGGUACAGGAGUGUAUCCAGUUCCUUGAGCACUGCGAGGUGUACGGUAAGGAGGUCACCGCCAUCAUCGAGCAGCCUCUGGAGGAGACCCACACCCACAUCGGCAAGAACACCGUCACCUACGAGGCCAGAAUGAUCAAGGCGCUGUUCUACGAGGUCAUUGCCUGGAACAAGUGACAGGACUCACUGACACAUAUAAUUCAUAAUACAAAGCCAGAUCAAUCUACAGACCCUGGUGCAGUUUGGGACGGUACGCACAUUUACACAAGUUGCUUUGUGAUCUGCCAAACAAAACAAAAAAGACACAGAAGGAAAAAGCAAAACAUUAACGAAAAAGGUCAGAAGUCUGUUUUUUUGUUAAACCUUUUGAUGUUAAUUAGAUUAAGUUAGUUCAGAGCUUUGUUGUAUUAGAUUAUACUGUACAUGCUUGAUACAUGCUACACUUUGGCAUCAGGUGUGUAUAAACUACAAUUAUCAACUUCUUUUUUUUAAAUACAAAUAUUUGAAAAUACGUUUUAUCGGUAUUGGCUGUGAGAAGCAGAAAGGGUGCAAACUGCAUUUUGUCUAUCAAGAGCUAAAGAUCAAGAUCCAAAUCUACUAUUUUCUAAUUGCAUUUUAUUAGCAUUUGGUUGCCUAAUGGAGCUAAUUUUGUGUCCCUAACCCCUCAUCUUUGAAGCAGGUGAUUAUCAGGUAUCAGUAUCAGCUAAGAAAAUCCAAAUUGUGCAUCCAUAACAUAUUUACAUCAAAUUGGAUAAAAGUACCAACCAGUAGAUCGCAAUUAGCUCUGUAACUAUCGUAGUAUUAAAAGCUUUUACUUCAAUGUAAUUACAGAUACUAUAAAUGUAGUAAAAGACAAAGUAUUAGCGGCAAAACACCCCAUUUCAGAAUCAUAUAUAAUAUUAAAUGGAAUUUUAAUCUAUGCAUUAAAGGUCACGUGUUAUGCGAUAUUUGAAGGGUAAUAUCUAUACAAAACUUGUCUGUGAAGUGUUUUGCUCAAAAUACCAAACAGAUCCCCCAUUGUAGCAUGCCUCAUCCCCCUCUAUUUCAGCCCUGUUCCUGAAGUGCUGAUUCUGUGACUGUCGCUUUAAAUUUGAGCUGAGCUGAAGCUGGCCACGCCCCUUUGGAGCGCAUGCAGCCCUCUGUCUGAAGAGAGAAGUUUCUACCGGGAGAAGAUACUCAGCUGAACACUGCCGUGAUUAAACGCCAUAUUAUGUUCCAAACCACAUCCAGCAUUAUUUCUGAAACACUUCUCAGUGUUUACCGCUAGAACAGAGACAUUAUAUGCAGGGGCGGCUGGCCCAUAGGGGGCGAUAGUGCACCGCCCUCCUUAAGCCAAACGAAAAAAAAAAAAAAAAAAAAAAAAAAAAGAGAGAAAAGAGUUUAUUUUGCCGGUCUAAGUCUUAAUAGUAUAGUCCAAACAGCAGCCUGAAUAUCGCUGCGACAAUCAGCAGCCUGGAUGUCACUGUCCAACCAGUAGCCCCGCCCCCUUGGGGCGAUAUCAGUCAGAUUGAAAAUCGCCCCAGGCGCUCUCAUAGACUUACAUGUUGAGACUCGUUUUUUCAAAAAUCGAACGAUACAAUGCAUUUCUAUGGGCUCCGGGGGGGCUUGCCCUAACGUGAUUUCGUCAUACGCAGUUACGCACUGAUGCGUGAUUUUUUUGAACACGCCCCUUUCAGUAAAUGAUUCAGUUUCACAGAAUCAGCAGCAUGCACGUCAUGCCUGUUGGGUCUGUUGGUUUUCUAUACCUUUACUAAACCUGUAAACUGUAUAGUGGUAAAUGGAAUAUGUUCUGGAAAAUUUUGAUUAAUUACAGUUUUGAUUAUAGUAUAAUUUGAUUUGAUUAUUGCUAUGGCAUCCAUGAUGGCUAUAAAUUGUAGACUGUGCUAAAAGUGAUUUCAAGGGCAAACUAUUAGAUGACAAACUAUCUGUUAAUGUGUGUUUUAUUGUGGAACCAAAUGUAUUGUAUAUUUUAUGUCUGGGGUUGCAUCUAGUGGUUGAAAACCAAAUUAAACAAUGAGAUGUGACACUGUAAAGCUGGCUAUCUGACUUUUAUUUAUUAUUAUUUUACCCAUUGAA